AUGAUAUAUGCAGCUACAGGAAGCACAUCUACAGGAGGACCAGCUACAAAAAAGGAAGAAGGAGAAGAAGUAGCUAAAAUACCAGAGCUACACAAAGCAUUUCUGCAAUAUAAAAGAAUAACUAAAGGAACUUUAUUUUAUAUAAAGUUCUACUCAGCAACAGCAGAGAUAGUAUAUGACGAAAUUAAACCUACAAUACAAGUUAAUAAAAUAGGUUUAACUAGAGAAAUGAUAAUACCAGAAAAGAUAGACGUACAAGAAGAAAUACAGAAGGUAAAUAUCCCAGAGUUUUAUGCAAACAAAAGGACUAUUGGGAUAGCUACCAUAUUGAACGAAUUAUCAAACAACUACCUAAACGAAAAUGCAAUUUGGAGCUAUUACAACAGAGACCAGACAAUGAUAUACUUCAAUUGUAGAGAACUAAGAGCAACAGAUAUGGAAGAAUUACGUCAAUGGAUACUAAGCUUGCUGAAGCCAGAACAGACACCUACCACAAGAGCUAUCAGAAAAAACUUUAUUUCUCCAAAUCUAAUGACAAGAUACUGCAAACUAGUAGGACAAAAAUAUCCAGACCACCUAUGUACAAAAUGUGACGGAGAAGAUGACUACGUCCCAGAAGUGCAGCUAGAAUGA